AUGUUCCCCCCCUGUUCGUGUACACUUGUCACCCCAUUCCUGUCCUCCCGCGGCCCCCGUCCAUUGAGUGGUUUAUGCUUGUGCCCUUCCUGCCCCCCCCUUCUUGAUCGUGGACUAACCCCGCCCACGCGCGAGGGUGACGUGGCCCAUCCGGACACGCGCAAAUCUGAGCUGGAAACCGCCCGCAUCCCCAAUCUCGACGCACUGGCGCAGCGGAGCGCGUGCGGCUUGACCACCCCGGUGGAGAUGGGAGUCGCCCCGGGCAGCGGUCCGGGCCAUCUGGCGCUGUUUGGUUACGAUCCUCUGAAGUAUAUUAUUGGACGAGGCGCCCUGGAAGCGUUGGGUAGCGCCGUGGAACUGCUGCCCGGCGAUGUGGCGGCGCGGGGCAAUUUCUGCACCGUUGACGACGAUGGCAUCCUGACCGACCGUCGUGCCGGACGCAUUGCCACCGAGUUAAGCGCCCCGUUGUGUGAACGCCUGGAUCGCAUCGAAAUACCCGGAGUUCAGGUUGAUGUCUUUCCCGUGCAGGACUAUCGGUUUGUGCUGCGGCUCCGCGGGGAAGGGUUAUCCGAGCAAGUCGAGGAGACAGACCCGCAACGAGAGGGCAUGCGUGCCCGACCCGCGAGCGCGUUGGUUCCAGAAGCUCAGCGGACAGCUGAAGUGGUGCAGCAAUUCGUUCAAGAAGCGGCUCGCCUGUUGGCCGAAGAAGAGCCGGCGAAUAUGGUGUUGUUGCGAGGGUGGGCUCAACUGCCCAACCUGCCGGACUUUGGCGAGGUGUACCAGCUGAACCCGGCUGCCAUCGCCGCCUACCCCAUGUAUCGCGGUUUGGCGUCCGUCGCCAACAUGCAGGUCAUUCCGACUGGCAAAACCUUCGCUGACGAAGUGGAUACCCUUUAUUCCAAUUGGGAUCAGCACGAUUUCUUCUUCCUUCACUACAAGCCGGCCGACGCAGCAGGGGAAGACGGCGAUUUUGACGCCAAGGUGCGUACCCUGGAAGACCUCGACGCAUUCAUACCGCGAAUCAUGGAGCUGCAGCCCGACGUGUUGAUGGUUGCUGGCGAUCACUCGACCCCGGCGAUCAUGGCGUCUCACAGCUGGCAUCCGGUCCCGUUCCUGCUUCAUUCCAAAUUGACAUUGGGAGAGGGUAUAAACGCUUUCAGUGAGCGGGAUUGUGCCCAGGGUUCGCUGGGACGCAUACCCGCCAAAACCAUCAUGUUGCUGGCCCUUUCUCACGCCGGUAAAUUGGCUAAAUUCGGCCCCUGA